AUGGGAAGAAGAAGAAGACUAAGGGAGUCAAUUCCCGUGAUUCUCCUACUAUUUUCUCUUCUUCUUCAUCAAUCACUCUCUCAGGUGUUGGAAGAAUAUGAAUCUACUAGAUCAGUUGCGGAAAUACAUUGUUCCCGAGAAAGAAGUAGAGCAGCUUGGCAGAUUAUACAAGAUUAUUUGACGCCGUUUGUGGAACGGGAAGGAUAUCAGAUUCAAAAGAAGUGUAGGCUUCACCCUGACAAUGAUUUAUAUAGAGAUCAGGAACAGCAUAAGAUUCACGUUGAUAUAUUCGAAUGGAAAUGUGGUUACUGCAAGAAAAGCUUCAAUGAAGAGAAGUUUCUCGACCAGCACUUCGUCGGUAGGCAUUAUGAUCUUUUGAAUACGAGUGAUACAAAGUGUUUGGCCGACCUGUGUGGUGCAUUGCAUUGCGAUUUUGUGUUGAGCUCCAAGAAAGCGAAGAGCAAAUGCAACCCUGCAGCCGUUGCCAAAAACCGUCAUCUCUGCGAGAGCAUUGCCAAUAGCUGUUUCCCAGUGAGUCAGGGUCCCUCAGCUAGCCGUCUUCAUGAAGAAAUCGGGUGUAUUUUAUCUCGCCAUAUCAAUACUGACCUUGAUGCUACUCCCGCUCUUCUAUCUGCUGGUCUUCUUACACCAAAGAGAAAAGAGAAGCGGGAUACAAGAUUUGCGUCGGAUUACAAAACUGAGCUUCAAACUGCUCAUGGGAGAGUAAAGGUGUGUUCAAAUCCGAUAUUGCUUCCCUGA